GAUGUUAGCGCAGAAUGGCUAGUCGCCCUCAGAACAUUCGCUUGCCACGUAAUUUUAGUUUCCCCCACCGACGUGACCACGCGAGCAGGGCAAACCGAGUGCACAGAUGGAUCUCUCCUUUGGGGCUGACCUUGCGUAUGCCUUUUGAACUUUACCCGCGUGACAACUCUGGCGAAGAGGCAAUCAUCGCGCGGGGGCUCCCUGAGGGAAGAGGUUUCCCCUUCCAGAAAGGGUAACCUAUGGAGACACAGUCACCGCAAGUUGCCACAAAAUAGAGCGCCCCAAUGGCUGCGUGUAUUAUCGGCUAGGCUGCCACACCACACGUUUGCCGUUUUUUUCGCGUAGUAAUUUUUUUCCUUUUUUUUUUUGUUGUUAUUCUCCCCAUUUGCUGUCCCUUUUUUGCCUGACCUGUUCAGGCGAUUUUCUCCACUUUGCGGGAGGCGUAAAUGCCCAACUGAGCAGUCGGAGGGAACGGCGGAAGGAGCAACAUGCCAAAGGAAGCAACAUGCUAAAGGAAGCAACUAACAUACGGACGUGUACCCGCGGAUGAACUGGCGACCUCCCCCCCGCUGCCAAAAUGAACGUCGUGGAGCUGCUCGAGAAAAAACAUUUUAAGGCCAUAGAGAGGAGCAUCAAAAGGAGGAAGCUGCAAAAGUAUUUCUUCGCCCUUUACAGGUACAACACUUUGUAUAAGGGGAAGAACAAAGCUGUGGGGAAGCUCUGGAGGGACAUUUCAUCCGAGGGGGGAGAGUACCUCGACACGGUUAACACUUUCUCAUUUGUGAACUUUAAAUAUGUGUGCGACUUUGUGAAGCGGUUGGGGGGGGAGCGUCCGCCCGAAUGGGUGGAUGGGCAGGAUGGGCAGCAUUCAUUGGAGUGGCCACACUUGCCGCGUACCACUCUGGGAGAUCACAUCGAGAGAGACCCCCAGAGAGUUGCGGAUCUUUUCCUCGCGCAGUUGUUCCGUGUGGUGGGGCUGCACGCGAGGGCCAAGAGGGGGAGUGGCAGCACCAGGUGUGGACCGCCACACAACGGAUCACCUGCAGAUGGGGACCAACAAAGCAUCACCGCGAACGCCCCCCUCCUAACUGACAUUCCAUUUACCAACCAAAAGAGGGAGUUCGAAAUUUUGCUCAGCUUGGUGCACCCCCUUGUGCACAACAUAUACGUAGCGAACCUGGUGGCCGACGUGGUGGUGAAGUCCCCACGGAUAGACAUGGACCAGUGCUACAUGCAGCUGCUCCUUUCCGUGUUGCUUCACCUGUAUAAGAGAAACAAAGACGUCCUCUUUUUUUAUUUUAUUAUAUACAAAAAGUGGAAGGGCGUGAGGAAAAACAUUUGCAACAGUGUGGGAAUGAUACUCGAAUGGGAAGCAAUCAAAUUUAUUAAAAAAAAAAAUAAAAAGGACAUCCACGAUUUUAAGUGUUUGAGAUACUUUCUCCUUAACUUGUGUGACCGUUCUGCCAUUCAUCGGCUGCUGAACUAUGUUUUCUCCUUUUUGCGUAGCCUUUUUUUUUCCAAUCGUCCGAACAAUUGGGAGGUGGAUUUUUGGACUUACAGGAGAGAAAGCAACUAUUACGAGUUUGCCUUUUUUCUUUUCCUUUCCGUUGAAGAUUUGUGUGAUGAAGAAUCGGUGUUUUUUGCUCCUCCCCUCGAAGGAAUAAAGAAGUUACUCCUCUGUGAACAGGAAACCUUUGGGAUGGACGUUUACUUGCUACUCCACUUCAUCGAGAGAUGUGCCUGCGAGCUUUCCGUCAAGCUGAGACUCACUUUGGUGUCCCUCAUUCGGUGUGCCGGUUCGCCUGACUUGUUCAGGCAGCACGGGGAGAGCUUCUUCCGCGCGGUGCUGGAGCCCGCGGGGGAGCGGCUCCCCGAUUGGCAGCCACUGAGUGGGGCGCAGCCAAUGGGUGAACCACUACCUAAUGGGAAACUACCCGAUGGGUCACUACCUGGUGGAAUCGCCCCCCCGGAGCAGCGCCGCAUCGCCCAGUUCGUUUCCACCUACCUGACCGGCAAGGACGAGCUAAUCGCGCGCACCACGAAGAAGGAGGCCUUCUUCAACGCCCCGAGCAUCGUCAAGUACAUCCACGUGAGUUGCUACAACGCCGUUAACAAUAGGAGGGAGCACCUCGUGAAGUUUGACCCCCUGGAGAGUGAGAGAGAAACCAGCGAGGCACACCCCUAUGAAUACAACCUACACAGCGAUGUGAGUAGUUACAAGGGAUAUCUAUCGUCCAGCGUUAGUGGGCACACGAGCAGGAAAUACGCAACCCUGGUGUCUAUCCUCCUGCACAUGAAUCUACUUCGCUUGAGUGACUUGUGGAGCUUCACGCUUACCAAGUUGGUGGAGAAUAAUGUUACCUUCCAGUUGAUGAACCUGCUGAGGCUGCGGGGGAAGGGCGCGCUCUUGUGCCUCACCGUUUCGAGCGUCCUCAAGGUGAGUUACGAGGCUGUGCAGGCCUACGCGCGGGGGGGCUGCGCAACUGGCGGUUUGGCUAGCGGUUUGGGGGGCGGCUUGGGUGGCGGCCUGACUAGCGGCUUGACUGCCGGCUUGACUGCGGAUUUGGGCUGCCAGCCGGUCGCCCAACCACUCCCCCCGCGGCGCGCGCUGAGGAAGGCCGUGCUGGAGUACGCGACCAACGAGAGCAAGCUGAUGGACAUCCUGUGCUACCUCUCGAUGAGCGUCAAGAAGGACCUCCUCAAGAUGCCCCUAAUCAUUAUAAAGGUCCUUUUUAAAAACAUUCUUAAGUACCUCUCCAAGCCCAUACAUGACGUGAAGAAGAGCAUUAGGCACUACUUCGAUCGAAUGGCCCUAAGGAUAAUUGCCUACCUCUUUGAGCUAAUGCUCAUAAUGUCCAAAUGGAUUUACCAUCAAGGGGAGGUGCAGUCCAUGGGGCACUACCGAAAGAAGUUCCACCUCUUCCCCGUCUACUUCAUUUUGAUAGACGUAUAUGUUAAGUUCGCCGAGAGGUACAGCGAGAAGAACAACGCUGUUUUGCCAUCCCUCCUAAGUUACAGUUUUGUGAAAGGCUUUCUUUUCCUAUUUGACUACCCUGGUGGGACGUCCCUCAUGGGGGGGAGGGGUCUCUCCAGGGGGAGCAAAGCUGAGGAUACUGCUGAUUCGUUCCUUGGUGGGGGUCAUCGGGGUGGGAAGAAGAGCCGCCUGCUGAGGUGCGCAAGAAGCGGUUAUCCCCUCACUUGGAGGGCUAGCGGCGGAUGGAGCGGUGGCGGCAGCCAGAGGGGAAGCCCCCCCCCCAGUUGCAGAUUAACCCAGAUGGAUGACAUGAACAUGGCGAAGCAGAGCCACCACAGCUACGCGGACCUGCCGCAGACAGAGGGGAAAGCAAAGAGAAGAGGCGUCGACUUGGUGCAGAAGGAGAGUACAUUUGAUGAAGACCAUUCGCAACACAUCAUCUCCAUCACGAACAGAUUUAUUGAGGCAAAUGGGAACGAAGUGUGCUGCUACUUUUACACUCUCCUGCUGUUUGCCAUUGCUCGAAUCCACACGUCCGUCUGCUACAGAUACCGGGAGAUAAACUACCUGCUCAUUCUGCACGUCCUUCCGUGGAAGAGCUGUUUACAUUUUUGCAGAAGGGACUCUCAACUGAGUUGUUUCUUCUUGCAAAAGUGGUAUGAAUGUGUGCAUGCGUUGUUGCCAGAAAUUGCCAUCACGCAGUUUUCCCCCAAGGUGGGCCAAGAAGAAGGAGAAGAGGAGGAGGAAGAUGAAGAAGAGGAGGAGGGGGAGAGUGGAGACGACCGCUUCCCUUUUAACUUUGAAGACACACGCGCAGAUGACUCCUCGGGGGGGUACCCCCAUGUGGAGGCUUCAAACGGGUUGUACGCCCAAAUUGUGAGGGCCAGAGCAGCUAUGAAGAGACUUUUCCUUGGCGAUGCGGAUGAGAACACAACGAUUAGCCCCCCGGAUGGGGCAUUCAUCAUGGGGAUGGAGAGCUCUCUGCUGAGGAACUGCCUACUCGUGAGUACCCUCAUCGAGGCGAUCUUCAUGAAUGGGGGGGGCAUGCCUGGAUGCGGUGCGGCGGGGAAUGGUCCAACUGGGAAUGGUCCAACGGGGAAUGGUCCAACGGGGAAUGGUCCAACUGGGAAUGGUCCAACGGGGAAUGGCCCCACUCCCGGCGCGGACCCCGCUGCGCGCCCGAGCAACUUCGCCCAAGUGGUGAGGGCCCUGCUGAACGAGCAGCUGUGCGCGCACUACAUCUCCGUUUUCCAGAACCCCUUGAAUUUCUUCCUGAGGAUUUCGCCCAAGUGUGUGGAGUUGCUGGUGAGGCACAACUGCCUGGGUAGCCUGGUGGGGUUUGUCUUUGCCAAGCUGCAGAGCUACUUGUCGCUGAUGCCGCCGCGGCUGUGCGCGGAGGACUUCCUGCCGCUGAACGUGGAGGACAUCACGGCCCUGCAGGAGACGGCCGUGGCGCAGCUGCUGCUGGGUCAGCGCGGGGGGGUAGAAGUAGAUGGGGGCGAGGCAGUCACGCUGCACGAAGCGGGAAGGAGAGCCACGCCUCUCUUCGACGACCUCAGCUUCUUCCUCAAGAAAAUGGACGCGCUGGUGAAGACGCUGAGCGCGGGCAGCCUGCAGAGCCUUUGCGAAUCCGGGUUCGACGCGCAGAGCGCCUUCUACCUCUCCUUCUACAUCCGCCCCCCCACCUUCCACACCGUGUUUCACUACCUGGCAAACAACAUGAUGGCCAUCACGAGCGACACCUUCAACCUGGGGGACAAUGCCAAUUACUAUAAGCAAAUACACAUAAGGGAGGAGGAGCCCGUUCUGAAGCCUUUUAAUAUUUUAAAUAAGACGGCCUUCUACACACAACUGGUUGUAUUUUACUUAAUUAUAAAUGCUAAUAACGAAAGAAUGGAGGUGGAAAGCUAUAAGAAGAACUUGAGCUCCUUCUUUAGGGGCUGCCUGCAGGGAUGCUUCAGACCCUACGUGGAUGAAUUCGUCGCGUCCAUUAUGCCUGCCAUGCUGCAGUUUUACUACUUCUUCCCGUCUCUUAUCCCCGAGGUGUUGGGAGCCCUGGGCGAGGUUGAGAUGAGGAGGGAGAAGGAGCUGCUGUGCAGGCAGCUGGCGCGGUUCGAGAAGCGCAUGCGCCGGGUGCUCGAGGUGUCCUACGUGCACAGUGCGCAGGGGGGGCAGCGGGAGCAGCACCCGCAGCGGAUUGGCGCUGUGCACUCUGCUGGCGUGUGA